GAGGGCUGCCGCGGCGCGCGGGCGCACAGUCGCGGGAGGCGCUGCUUCGAGGUGCCCGGAGCCUGAGCGCACCUCACGGCUCGCGGGCCCUGCGCGAACCGGCAUCGAAGGAGCCGUCCGGCCACCCCCGACGUUCCGGCCCCGCCCGGACGUUUCCUCAAGUGGCCAAACCAGCCGGACGAGCCAAACUCGCCGGGCCUCCGGGCGGCAGCAGGUGGCCCCGGACUUCCCGGGAGGGCCGUGCGCCCCGUGGCGCUCCGGAGCCCUCUCGGCCGCCCCCGCCAGGCGGGAUGGAGGCGGACGGGGACCGAGAGGAGCUGGCCCGGCUGCGCUCGGUCUUCGCCGCCUGCGACGCGAACCGCUCGGGACGCCUGGAGCGCGAGGAGUUCGGGGCGCUGUGCGCGGAGCUGCGGGUGCGGCCGGACGACGCCGAGGCCGUAUUCCAGCGGCUGGACGCCGACCGCGACGGCGCCAUCACCUUCCAGGAGUUCGCGCGCGGCUUCCGCGGGGCCCUCCGCGGGGGGCGGCGCCGGGGCUGGGGUCCGCGGGAUCCCGCGCCUGCCGUGGCCGAGGCGGGGCCGGAGACACCGGACAGCGAGGAGGACGAGGGCGGCGAGGACGCGGCGGCGGCGCGGGCCACCUCGUGGGGCCCGGAGAGUCCCGGCCGGGCUUGGCAGGAUUUCCAGGCGCGACUCGGGGAGGAAGCUAAGUUCAUCCCCAGAAAAGAGCAAGUUAGUACCUUGUACCAAAACAUCAACCUUGUGGAGCCGAGACUAAUUCAGCCAUAUGAACAUGUUAUAAAGAACUUCAUCCGCGAAAUCAGACUUCAAAGCACAGAAAUGGAAAAUUUGGCCAUUGCGGUGAAGAGAGCCCAGGACAAGGCAGCUAUGCAGUUGAGUGAGUUGGAAGAGGAAAUGGAUCAGAGGAUUCAGGCUGCGGAACAUAAGACACGGAAAGAUGAAAAACGCAAAGCUGAGGAAGCCCUUAGUGAUCUCAGACGUCAGUAUGAAACGGAAGUAGGAGAUCUGCAGGUGACCAUUAAAAAGCUGAGAAAGCUUGAAGAACAGUCAAAACACAUAAGUCAAAGGGAAGAUGUGGCUGCACUGAAAAAACAAAUUUAUGAUUUAUCAAUGGAAAAUCAGAAAGUUAAGAAAGACCUUUUAGAAGCACAGACAAACAUAGCCUUUCUUCAGAGUGAAUUAGAUGCUUUGAAAAGUGAUUAUGCUGAUCAGAGUCUGAAUACUGAAAGGGAUCUGGAAAUAAUCCGAGAAUACACAGAAGAUCGAAAUAGUCUUGAGAGGCAAAUUGAAAUACUCCAAACAGCUAACCGGAAGCUACAUGACAGUAAUGAUGGCCUUAGAAGUGCCCUUGAAAACAGUUAUAGCAAGUUCAACAGAUCUUUGCGUAUAAAUAAUAUCUCACCAGGGAAUACAAUUUCUAGAAGCAGUCCCAAAUUCACUGGUCAUUCCCCUCAACCUCUAGGCUAUGACAGGUCAUCCCGCUCUUCCUAUGUGGAUGAGGACUGUGACUCCCUGGCCCUCUGUGAUCCUAUGCAGAGGACGAACUGUGAAGUUGACAGCCUACCUGAAAGCUGCUUCGACAGUGGCCUGUCUACCUUGAGAGAUCCCAAUGAGUAUGACUCAGAAGUGGAAUACAAGCACCAGAGGGGAUUUCAGAGGUCACGUGGGGUGCAGGAGAGCUUUGGAGGUGAUGCUUCAGACACAGAUGUUCCUGACAUAAGGGAUGAAGAGACCUAUGGUUCGGAAGGUGUGGCUUCCAUCUUAGACUGGAAGCCCCAAGGAUCUGUUAGUGAAGGCAGCAUUGUUAGUUCAUCAAGGAAGCCCAUCUCAGCACUCUCCCCACAGACAGACCUGAUAGACGACAAUGCUAAAUCUUUUCGCUCACAGAAGGCUUAUAAGAUUGUGCUUGCUGGGGACGCUGCAGUUGGGAAGUCUAGUUUCCUCAUGAGACUUUGCAAGAAUGAAUUUCGGGGAAAUACAAGCGCCACCCUGGGAGUUGAUUUCCAAAUGAAAACCCUCAUUGUGGAUGGAGAGCGAACCGUUCUGCAGCUCUGGGAUACAGCUGGCCAGGAGAGAUUCAGAAGUAUUGCCAAGUCUUACUUCAGAAAGGCAGAUGGUGUUUUGCUGCUAUAUGAUGUUACAUGUGAGAAAAGCUUUCUUAAUGUACGAGAAUGGGUAGAUAUGGUUGAGGAUGCCGCCCAUGAGACUGUUCCCAUCAUGUUGGUAGGAAACAAGGCUGACCUCCGUGACACUGCUGCUGGGGAGGGACAAAAAUGUGUCCCAGGGCACGUUGGAGAGAAACUGGCCAUGACGUAUGGGGCGUUAUUCUGUGAAACAAGUGCCAAAGAUGGUUCUAACAUAGUGGAAGCCGUUCUGCACCUUGCUCGAGAAGUGAAAAAGAGAACUGACAAGGAUGACAGCAAAUCCAUUACCAGUCUGACCGGGACCCAUUCCAAAAAGUCACCACAGAUGAAGAAUUGUUGCAAUGGCUAAAUCCCAAACAUCCUUGGCCUGUGAAGUCUUCAUUUCCAGCAUACUGAAUCUGUGUGACUUGUUUGGCUCUUAAUAGAGUGGUGCAUCCUGCUGACACUGUCCUAUGGAGAGUUGCAGUGCAGGAAACCUGAACCCUGCUCUCGGGUCACUCUGGAACUUUGGCCCUUCUUCGUUGUGUCUCCAUGACUGAAUGGGGCCCUCUGGUUAAAUAGACUAGUCAUGUCCUUACCGGUCUUAAAAGAUAGCACAUAAAUGUGUUUUAAAUGGUUUUAAAAAAGGAAAUCACAUGCUCAGAUCAAAGCUGUAGAGGACACUGGCAUAAUUAGAUUCACGUGGUAGCUGACUUUGUGGGUAACCUAAGACUGCAUUUAAAUAUUUGAUACUAAAGUUCUAGUAAAAGGGAAUUCUCAUCCUAGCUUUUCUGUUCACUGGCCUUGUGAUCUUGGACAUGUUACCAGCCCAUGUCAUAUCUGUUUCUUCACCUAUGAAAUGAGCAGCUUGCCCUCCAAGGCCUUGCAGCCCUCGGUACCUCGCAGAUUCUGUGGGAAGCAGUAGGAAGGAAGAACUGUGGUUAUUCCUGCUUUCUUAAUAUUGGAAUAUUGAUUUUUCUCACUUCUGAAUUAAGGACAGAAUUUAAUAGUGAAAAACAUGAAAACAGAAACUUCUUAUGUAUAAAGAAACAUGUUUGAGACAAAAAUAGUUGUAUAUAAAAGAGGGUAUUUCAUAAUCUCAGAAUACUUAUAAAGCCCAUUGUUUAAAUUUGGUGUGAAAAAUUCUAAUGAAAACAUGUAAAGCCACAUACUACUGAAAGCACAAUGCCCAGGAAAGUUGUCACUCUUCACUAAGAAAAAAAAAAAAAUCAAUGAUGGAGUAGUUGCCAGAGGCUGAGAAUGGGAGGAGAAGGAGUGACUGCUAAAGGGUUUGUGGUUUCUUUGGGGGAUGAUGAAAAUGUUCUGGAAUUGGAAUCAUGAUAAUAGUUAGGUAACUGUUUGAAUAUACUAAGAACCCUGAAUUGUGUUCUUUGAAAGGGUGAAUUUUAUGGUGUGAAUGAUCUCACUAAAAAAGUAUACUAGUACUUAGAGUGAUUUAACAUUUCGCAAAAUGAAAAUAUCUAUCCCUGCUGAUUUCAAAGCGUCCCAUGGUUUAGAAGCAUCACCUGUAACAUGUAAUGCAAGUCCCCUUAACUCUCGAGUUGCUAACAUUAACUUCCUUCAGUAAUAAUCAAUGAAAGAAAUACUAUGCGUGAUUGGAAAUAAUGUCUUUAAAAGAGGAAUUGACAUCAGCAAAGGUGAGUCAGGGUCCUUUGUGUAAGUGACUGGUGGCUCAUCAUCACUAAUGACCUGCUUGGGCUUGCUCUUCUUCCAGAACCUGCAUUGCUUCCCAGACUUCCCCACUGAAAUGUCUCUAAGAGCCAAAGGAGUCAAGGGUGGGACUGCAGCAGAAGAUUCUAAUUUAUCUUGCUUCAUAUAGGUCCAGGCCCCAAGUAGCUUGCUGAAGGAACUUAUUUAUUGUACUAUAUAAGCUAAAAACAUUUGUUUUUGUUGAACUAAAACAAUUCCAUGUAGCAAUCAUUUUUCUGUUUAUGGUGUUUGUGAUAGAACCUUAAAUUCCGCAAGCUUCAGUUUUUUAAAAAAUGGGCAUUACUCGAGGUACUACAUGCAAAGAUUAUAAAUAGCUACAUCAUCAUUUAACUUUUAUAAACAUGGCUUCUCUCUAUUGAAGACAUCUGAUAUUUUUGCUGGAAAGUUGGAUCUAUCCACAGUAACUCUACCAUGAAUUCCCGUUUCUUGGUUCCAGAAAAAGAAAAGAUUACAUUUCUAAUCAUAAAGAAUGCCUGUUUAUGGGAAAUAUUUCAGAAUAAGCGGAGUAUUAUGUGGCUUGGUGAAACAGAAGUUUUGCCUUGGCUGUUUGCCUUAGUGGCAUCUUUUGAUGAGAUGGGUGAGAUUGGGUCUGAAAUAUAUGUGCUGAUAUAUGGGACACAUGUUUAGGUUUUGGUGCAGUUGCACAAAACUGUGUUUAUAUGUCACUGUGUUGCCUUUAUUUAUUUUCUCUUUAUAUGGGUUUUACAAUAUGUAAAUAAGAGUAUGCCUGUAAUACAGAAGUAUUUUUGUGGUCUUUAGCUCUGGAUUGUCGUGUCAGUAUACCCAAGUUGAUGAGAUUACACCGGUGCCUUUGAUAGACAAGCCAAUUAUCUUUAACUAUUUGAGCCCUGAUAAAUACUUUGGUAAUGUAAUCCAAAUUAGAGACUUAGAGCUCUGGUUAGCAAUCAUGUUUAAAGAGAAGCUACUUAAAGCUCUGUAUGCUGCAAUGCUGGGAGAUCAUGGUGAUUACCAACAUUUUGAUUUUAUGAAGGCGUUCUCAAAUCUAAAGCACAUUUUCAGUAAGGACAAACAUAUUUAAUGUUUUUACCUUAGACUUAACUUGAUACAUUUGUGUAUUACUAUGGAAGUUAUUCACCCUGUCUCUGUUUUUCUUUAAGAGCUUUUAAAAUCAAAGUUAUACUACACUCCAUUUUUAAAUGCAUCUUGAUACAUUUUAAUCUCAUUAUGGAAAAUAAUGUUGGAUAAGGAGAUAUUUUUCACUGUUAACUUUUAGCCCAUGCAUCUUCAUAAUUUGUUUCACUUGCUGCUUUAUAUGACAUAUGUGACAUUUGAUUAUUUAAUACUUGAUGUGAUUUGCCAAACCCAAGUUGCACAGUCCUCCUGCUGAAGAUAAAAUUGAGGUUAAAGAUAAAGAUUUAUUUUCAUAUUUGUACAGCGAUCGGCUUCAGAGUGAUGGUUUUUGUGGGCUUUUAUUGUAUGUGUCUGUAAGAAAUUUCAUAUGUAUAUGUUAAGUAGGCCUCUGAGUAUUGAAUAAUUGUUUUAUGAUUUUGAUUUAUAUGGUUUACAUUUUCAUUGUAUGGGCCAUAUUUCAUUUAUACUGUUUAUUUCUCUUCAAACCAUUAAUAAUUAUACCAUAAAGUAUAAUUUUUAUCGCAAUGCAAAUGUCUAAGGACUACAAAUAUUUUCUGCAUUGUAAAUUCAAUAAAGCUUGCUUCCUUUGGCCUUU